GCUGUCGAAAUGGGCAAGUUCAUGAAACCCAGGAAAGUGGUGCUGGUCCUGGCUGGACACUACUCCGGACGCAAAGCCGUCAUCGUGAAGAACAUUGAUGAUGGUACCUCAGACCGCUAUCCCCAAAAAGUGACAGCUGCCAUGGGCAAGAAGAAAAUCGCCAAGAGGUCAAAGAUCAAGUCCUUUGUGAAAGUUUAUAACUACAAUCACCUCAUGCCCACAAGGUACUCUGUGGACAUCCCCUUGGACAAAACAGUUGUCAACAAGGAUGUCUUUAGAGGCCCAGCCCUGAAACGCAAGGCCAGGCGGGAAGCCAAGGUCAAGUUUGAGGAAAGAUACAAGACAGGGAAGAACAAAUGGUUUUUCCAGAAGCUUUGCUUUUAG